UCUCCAACUGCACUGGGACACUUCUCAUCCGAGCUCCGGUCUACCCUCCUCCGGCCCGGACCGCUGCGGGACUGCGACCAACAAGUGGAAACACGGCAUGGGACGGCUUUUGUGCCCGACAUGAGCGGCUCUCCGUGGAAAUCAGACGCUUGUUUGAGUGGAAAGAGAGGAAAAACUAAAGCGAGUGUUGUUUUUGGACUUCCAGGCUGCUCCCCGUAGGAUUUGAUUCAAAGGCGAAAACCAAGAUGGCCGCCGAUUCCGUGCAGGGGGACUCUCGGGGGCAGAUGGUAGCCGAGCGUCUUGGUUUGGGCCAUAACUUGGACCUGUCUGACACCAUGGUUCAACAGAAGCUGGACGAGAUCAAGGAGCAGAUCCGCAGAGAGAUCCGCAAAGAACUCAAGAUCAAGGAGGGAGCGGAAAACCUGCGAAAGGUCACCACAGAUAAAAAGAGCCUGGCGUACGUGGACAACAUGCUGAAAAAGUCCAAUAAAAAGGUGGAGGAGCUUCACCAGGAGCUGCAGGAGCUGAACGCGCACAUCGUGGUCAAAGACCCAGAGGAGCUGCUAGAUUGCCCUUUGACCCCGGACACACCGAACAGUGAAGCGCGAAUGUGCACGACUAACAGCCGCCUGGCCGCUCUGAAGAAACAGAUAGACAUCGAGCUCAAAGUGAAGCAGGGAGCCGAGAAUAUGAUCCACAUGUACUCCAAUGGCUCCUCCAAGGACCGUAAGCUGCUGGCCACAGCGCAGCAGAUGCUCCAGGACAGUAGAAUGAAGAUCGAGUUUAUCCGAAUGCAGAUCCUUAAAGCUACUCAGACCAACGAGCUGAGCUUUGACACAUCACAUCACAGUGAGUACAAACCGUUCAUCAGCCCUCUGGACCUCCGUGUGGAGGAGCUGUGUCACCACGCCCGGAUUGAAUCCGCUGUGGCCGAAGGAGCCAAGAACGUCAUGAAGCUCCUGGGCACUGGGAAAGUCACAGAGAAGAAGGCACAUUCAGAGGCCCAGGCCCGGUUCAAUGAGUCCAGUCAGAAGUUGGACCUGCUGCGUUACUCUCUGGAGCAGCGUCUGAACGAGCUCCCAAAGAACCACCCGAGCAGCGCAGUCAUCAUGGAGGAGCUGUCUCUGCUCUCUAGUCCGGCCCUCAGCCCCCGCUCCAGCUUCAUUUCCACACAGAACCAGUACAGCACCGUCACCAAGCCCGCCGCUCUCACAGGGACCUUGGACGUGAGGCUCAUGGGCUGUCAGGAUCUGUUGGAGAAUGUUCCGGGUCGGUCCAAAGCCGCCUCAGUGCCUCUGCCCGGGUGGAGCCCCAGUGAGACCCGCUCCUCCUUCAUCAGCAGAGCCAAUCGCAACCGCAGUGUCAGCUCGCGAAACCUCACCAAGAGCGAUGAGCUGUCCAAUGAGAUCAGUGCGGUGCUGAAGCUGGACAACACGGUGGUGGGUCAGACGAGCUGGAGGCCGGUCAGUAACCAGGCCUGGGACCAGAAGUUCACCCUGGAGCUCGACCGGUCUCGGGAGCUGGAGAUCUCUGUGUACUGGAGGGACUGGCGGUCGCUGUGUGCUCUGAAGUUUCUGCGUUUGGAGGAUUUCUUGGACAAUCAGCGUCACGGGAUGUGCCUUUACCUGGAGCCACAGGGCAUGCUGUUUGCAGAGGUGACAUUUUUCAACCCAGUUAUUGAGAGGCGGACGAAGCUUCAGAGACAAAAGAAAAUCUUCUCUAAGCAGCAAGGUAAAACGUUCCUGCGCGCUCCUCAGAUGAAUAUAAACAUCGCCACAUGGGGCAGGCUGGUGCGCAGAGCCAUCCCCACCGUCAGCACCAACUCCUUUAGUCCUCAGGCAGCGGAGAGCGGGCACAGCAGCCUCCCCGGCUCGCCCACACCAUGCAGUGACCCUCUGGUGACCAAACUGGACUUCGACAAAGAACCGAGCCCAGGACCCAAGCGCCGGCCCAGCCCCGAGGACGAGCCUGAGCCGCUCCAGAGCCUGGUGCAAAAAGUGCCUGACAAAGAGGAGGUGCAGGACGCACUCGCCUCGUUCGACUUCCUGAACCAGAGGAACAGCGUCGCCGUGAAGCCCGACCUGGACCUCAACCUGGACCAAGAUGAUCCACACCAAGACCUGCAGCUCUCCUCCAUCCAGAAGGACCAGGAGAUUAGGGAAGAGGAGCAGUUUCACUUCAGUCUACAGGAUUUCAAGUGUGUGGCAGUGCUUGGACGUGGACACUUUGGGAAGGUGUUGUUAGCGGAGUACAAAGCCACAGGGGAGAUGUUCGCCAUCAAAGCUCUGAAGAAAGGAGACAUCGUGGCUCGAGAUGAAGUGGACAGCCUAAUGUGUGAGAAGAGGAUCUUUGAGACGGUGAACAGCGUGCGUCACCCGUUCCUCGUGAACCUUUUCGCCUGUUUCCAGACCUCAGAGCACGUGUGUUUUGUCAUGGAGUACGCAGCAGGGGGCGACCUCAUGAUGCACAUCCACGCUGACGUCUUCUCCGAGCCGCGUGCCGUGUUUUAUGCCGCCUGUGUAGUGUUGGGAUUACAGUUCUUACAUGACCACAAGAUUGUCUACAGAGACCUAAAGCUGGAUAACCUGCUGCUGGACACAGAGGGAUAUGUGAAGAUCGCUGACUUUGGCCUUUGUAAAGAAGGAAUGGGCUUCAGAGAUCGGACCAGUACAUUCUGUGGGACGCCGGAGUUUUUGGCCCCUGAGGUUCUGACAGAGACGUCGUACACACGGGCGGUGGACUGGUGGGGUCUGGGCGUGCUCAUAUUCGAGAUGCUGGUGGGAGAGUCUCCGUUUCCUGGCGACGACGAGGAGGAGGUGUUUGACAGUAUAGUGAAUGAUGAGGUCCGGUAUCCACGUUUCCUGUCCACAGAGGCCAUCUCCAUCAUGAGGAGGCUGUUGAGGAGGAGUCCUGAGCGGAGACUGGGAGCCGGAGAGAGAGACGCAGAGGAGGUCAAGAAGCAUCUGUUCUUCAGGAACAUGGACUGGCACGACCUCCUCGCCAAGAAAGUCAAACCUCCGUUCGUCCCAACGAUUCAAGGUGCCAACGACGUCAGCAACUUCGACGACGAGUUCACUUCGGAGGCGCCCAUCCUGACCCCUCCCCGAGAGCCCCGCCCCCUUUCCGUCACCGAGCAGGACAUGUUCGCGGACUUUGACUACAUCGCAGACUGGUGUUAGCAUUAGCGAAUCGACGCACUGUGAACGCCUUUUUAAAAAAAACGACCCAGGGACUCUCAAAAACUUCAAUGAACUCAAGUCUCUGUGCCAUUUGAAGCCCAAAGAGAGCCUGACUUUUUUUUUUUUUUUACCACAAUGAAGAACAGUUUUAAGUGUUUGACCACUGCGAAUGUUCCAGAUGAACUUUAUGGCAACGCUACAAUCAUGUCACUGUCUGUACAAAGUAUACUGUAUUUACGUAUAUGUUUUUAUCCUUUUUGUGUUUCGCCGAAAGACUUUUAAAGGUCCUAUAUUACGCAAAAUUGACUCUUGCGAGCUUUAAGCCGUGUUAGUUACCUCAUCGAAAAUCAUCGAGUCGUGUUUUGUUUCGGUCACACACGUUUGAGUAAUCCUGCAUUAUUAUUCUGUAUCCGGAGUAUAAGGCACCAGCCAAAAAAUGUAAUGAAGAAGAAAACAACAUAUAAGUCGCACAAAACUAUAAGUCGCACUUUUUGGAGGAAAUUUGUUUUAUAAAGUCACGACCAGGAACAGACAUUUCCUGUGUAAAGUCAAGUUCAAGUAAUAACAAUAGAAGAGAGAACAACAGACUGUUAACGUUACAUAUGAACAGUUCUUCAGAUAAACUCUAACAUAAAGAACAGAACAAGUUUACCAAACUCUCCAUCUCACUCCAAAUCACUAAAUCCAUUCAAUUCUUCAUCCUCUGUGUCACUUCUGAGCAACUCGGCCUUGACCUCCGGAGGUAAACAGAGCGUCUCUUCCUCUUCUGUGUCGCUGUCGUCAGACUCAGCAUCAGUUCCAGUUAGAAUUAUUCGGGUCUUUCUGAGUCCUAACAGGAUGGUUUCAGUGUCACUGAAGUCCAGGUUUUGUCCAUCCAUCCAGUGACUUCAGGAAAGUUUCAUGGUGCAUCCUCCCGGGAAGCUGUGUUCUCCAUCCCCGCAUUCCAACAGUCCCUCAUAAGUUUCUUGCUCACUCCAAACUUUCUUUCUGCUGCUUGAUUACCGGUUUCAGCUGAAUAUUUCACUACUUGCAGCAGUACAGAGUCUCUUUCUGCAGGAGACAUGUGCAGUAGAGUGAAGUGACAGUGGUACAGGAGGAACAGGAGCAGCAAAUACUCACACGCAAGACUAGAACCUCUCACGACUGUCAGUGUGAAAAUUCUACUAUACAACUCUCACCGGAGUAUUAGUCAGAGGAAACACUCAAACCAUGAAAAAAAAUGCGACUUAUAGUCUGAAAAAUACAGUAUCUCCAAAACUUUAAACGCUCUGUUCCAGUUUGUGAUGUCAUGUAGCUAUAGUUAACAGCUAACUUUUACCUUUCUGAAAUUGUUUAAAUAAUUUUCGUGAAGGUGUGUGGAGUCUAAAAACAUACUGGAGCACUUCUUGUAUUACCACAUGACAUCACAAGGUGGACCCAGAGCGUUUUCUGUUUGAGAGAAGCUCAGCCUAAAUAUGUAGACAUUUUGGUGUCAAACGUGUGAAUGAAACAAAAAAAACACGACUCUAGGUGUUCUUCUGAUGAGGAAACAACAUUAUAACAGAAUAGAAACAGAAAACGGCGUAAUAUGGGCCCUUUAAGGAGCCAAAAAAUGCACGGGAGAGGUAGUUUGUGUUAGCCAAACUCAACAAGAACUGCUACUUACACGUCUGAGCCCAUCCGCUUCCAUAUAACAUAUUUUUGUAUAAUUCUGAAAGUCUUCCAUAUCAAAUGCAGACAAUCAUUUCUACCUGUAGCUGAAAACCUAGCAGUGUUAAGUGCAUGAACUGUAUAAUAAUAAGAACAUGGAGAAGACCGCACUGCCUUCAAGCAAAAAAAAAAAAAAGAAAUGUGGUGUAAAAUUUAAGAAAACUCACUGUUGGAAUGUCAUACGCAGUUUUAGAGCGGACCCUUUGAUACUUUGCUGCGUGUCUGUGGUGGGAUGUUCAGCGGUUACCACGGUGACACAACGCACACAACACAAACACGGCCAAAACUGUUUUUAAAAUGGUCUGAAAACUCGAGAAAAAAUACAAAAUGGAUCUAAAGAGCACAUUUUCAGGAGCCUCUGAUCAAUACGAGCGUUUAUGUUCCAGUAACAGCACUUCAGACAGAGCAGUGCCUCCGGUUAGCGUCACACCCCACGGAAUUUUGACGACAUCAGCUGCAAAGUACCAAUAAGCUUUUCGUUGUAGUAAAUUCAUACUUGAGACCAGUACAGUGAAUUCAUAGUGCCAGUGAGUGACAGCCAAUCAAAUCAUCAUGUACAUUUGGAAAUUCUGUCGUUUUUUUUUGUUUUUAUUUUAAGGAUAAUCUUUGCUAUUUCAAAAACAUUUUACAUUUUGGACCAUUGAUUUGCAAAUUGCGUUGUAAAGUGUAAUAUUGUCUACUUCUCUCCGGUUUAUUAUUAUUUUGCAUUAGAUCGCUGUACUUUUUGGCUAAUUGAUUCUAUUCUGAAAUUAUGCCUUGAAAGUGCCUAAGUUAUUCAAAAUUAUCGCUAAUAUGAAUUCUAAAUAUUUGUGAUUUAUUUUUUUUUUUAUACUGUUUUGUGUGGUGGCUUCAAUCAAAACCUGACCACAACAUGAACUAAGACUAACUGUAAAUGACUCUAGAUAAAUGAUAUCAUUAAUUUUGCUAUAAAUUAUGGAUCUAAUAUUGUUUUAUGAAUAAUUUUCUGAUAAUCCAACACGCACCCACACCAAAACCUACUGAGACCAAACCUCAGUAUUUUACACCAAAUUUAGGAAUAAUUUGCUGUAAUUUCUUGGCAUAAAAAAUAAUUAUAGAACGUAAUUUUAUAUUUUUGGAGAUAAAUAUGAAAUAAUAUUAAGGUUUCAGUUUAAAAUGGUUGAAACACUUUAAAUGUUCUGUUAUUACUGAGUGAAUAUUCCCUAGAUGCCCUUUGCUGUUUGGUCCAUUUGUAAUACAUUUUAGAGCGAGUGUUCUUAAAGAGGGGGUAUUACGCGAAAAGUUUGAGCUGUUUCUUCAUCAAAAACAUGCCUGAAGCAGUUUUAUGUCAUCCAUGCAUGUUUGAGUAAUCUAGCAAUCUCUUCUGGGCUCUGUUCGAACCCUGAGAUUCUGUACAAGCCAAUUUUCAUAAAUAUACAAAAGCAUUUCCUGCAAAACAUUACACUAAAACAUCACAAACCUGAUUACAAUGUGCAGUAGUUUCGUUGCGGUAGUGCUCUGAAGGAGGAGUGACUUGGCACUGGGAGCAAAGGAAAGGGAAGACUCGGAGCAACAAAAAAACGACUUAAACGUUAAUAAAUUUUUGGCGAAUAUACAAUUUUUGAAACAAAAAUUAAUGCCUCAUAGAAGUAUAAUACCCCCUCUUUAAUUUUAUGUUUAAUUUCGUAAGCAAAAAUGUUAUCUAUCCUUGAGAUUAUAGAAAAAUACUUAUAUUUUUUGUCAAGAAAAGCACUAUAUAAUUUCAUAGCUGGUCUUUACAAUGCAAGUCUGUUCCAUGACUUAUUCUGUUUGACAAUGACAUUUCUGCUUGAUUUUUGUGUUUGUUUUGCAACUUCCAUCAAACUGUUUAUGGACAAGUUUCAUUACCUCAACCUCAAAGACUUGUAACUACAGCAAUAAAACCAAACCAAGAUCUUCCUGAAGCUGCAAAAGUGGUUUAUAAUGAGAUCGACUGACAAUAUGCUCCCUUCAUCUUGUUUAAAUCUUGGCUCAGUCCACAAUCACUUUAAAGGAGCCUUCUAUAUAAAGACUGUAUACACACGUAAGCUGAAAGCACUAAUUUUAUCCAUAGUUUUGAAUUAUCUACGUUUUCUAAUGAUGAACAUAGAUUGUACAAAGUUGUGUUUUUUAUUCUUUGCUUGUUGUGCUUGUUGUCAGGACAGGAAAUGGAUGGUACACCAUUGUCACUGAACUGUUCACACCGGUGUAAAAAGUCCAGGCAGUGUUGACAGUUGUUGCCUAUCGAAAUGCACAAUUAAACAUUUGUAAUAGUGA